AUCCCCUCCCCGGCGGGCCCCGGUCAGCGCCCCCGCAGAUGGGCUUAGGCUGGAGCACCGCGGAGGAGCGGCAGCCCCUCCUGCCGCCUCCGCCACAGCAGCAGCAACGGCGGCGGCCGCAGGCGGCGGGCCCGGCGGAGCCGGCGGCGGGACCGGUGGGGCGGCUGGCGCCCUUGGCUGGCCGCGUCUACGGGCGACGGUGGCUGGUGCUGCUGCUGUUCUCGCUGCUGGGCUUCGCGCAGGGCUUGGUAUGGAACAGCUGGGGCCCCAUCCAGAACUCGGCCCGCCUGGCCUUCGGCUUCAGCGGCUGGGACAUCGCCCUGCUCGUCUUCUGGGGGCCCAUCGGCUUCGCGCCCUGCUUCUUCUUCAUGUGGCUCAUGGACAAAAAGGGUCUGAGAGUAACUGUGUUACUAACAUCAUCCCUCAUGGUAUUGGGAGCUGGCCUGAGAUGCGUUCCAGUUUCAGACCCAGAAAUCAGGAAGAAGCUGAUUCAUGGAGGGCAGCUGUUAAAUGGCUUGGCAGGGCCAACUGUGAUGAAUGCAGCACCAUUUCUUUCCACAACGUGGUUUUCUCCAGAUGAACGUGCCACAGCCACAGCCAUUGCCUCUCUCCUCAAUUACCUGGGAGCUGCUGGUGCUUUUCUGGUGGGGCCUCUUGUAGUGCCACCUCCUAAUGGGACAUCUCAGCUCCCGCUGGUAUCGCAGAGCAACACGGAGCACAUCAAGGAUCGCAUUGAGGCUGUGCUGUAUGCAGAAUUUGGAAUGGUUUCCCUGAUAUUUUCUGCAGCAUUGGCCUACUUCCCCUCGCGCCCUCCGUUCCCUCCCAGCGUGGCUGCGGCGAGUGAGCGGCUCAGCUACAGGAGAAGUUUUUGCAGACUCUUGAGCAAUUUCCGAUUCUUGAUGAUUGCUUUGGCCUAUGCUAUACCACUGGGGGUUUUCUCUGGCUGGUCUGGUGUGCUGGAUUUGAUAUUAACCCCAAUUCAUGUGAGCCAAGUAGAUGCAGGCUGGAUUGGAUUUUGGUCUAUAGUUGGAGGUUGUGUUGUUGGCAUAGCGAUGGCAAGAUUUGCAGAUUUUAUCAGGGGCAUGCUGAAGUUUAUACUGCUGCUGCUUUUAUCUGGAGCAACGUUAGCAUCAACGUGGUUCACUCUUACCUGUCUAACUACUGUCACUCAUCUGCCUUUAACCACAGCUACACUGUACACAUCCUGCAUUUUGUUGGGUAUAUUCCUCAACAGCAGUGUACCAAUAUUCUUUGAGCUUUUUGUGGAGACAGUCUACCCUGUUCCAGAAGGGAUUACCUGUGGAGUUGUCACCUUUCUGAGUAAUGUGUUCAUGGGAGUGCUUUUGUUUUUCCUCACAUUUUACCAUACAGAGUUUUCCUGGUUCAACUGGUGCCUGCCAGGGUCGUGUCUGCUCAGCCUGCUCCUCAUCCUCUGCUUCCGUGAGUCCUACGACAGACUCUAUCUCGACGUCGUUGUCUCAGUGUGAUGACACCAGACUGGUGAGGGGUUGGAAGAGACUGGGAGUCACAUCUGCCUGGAUUUCCACAGCUGAACAGCAGGAAAACAAAAACUUACAAGACUUUUUUUGUGGCUUUAUUAGAGAGGGUGAGGGACAGGCUGUUCUUACGCUCAAGACCACCUUGAUUUGUGACAAAUGUGGAGCUUGAGCGGUGCUAAUGAUGCCGAAAUGCACAAAGAGAAAAUAUAUGAUGUAAAGGUCCCAUUGCCAGAGCUGGGGCUCUAUUUAAAAGGCUGUUGAUGUAGCAGUGAGGUGUACAGUUGUGUAUGUGUAUGUGUGUGUAUGUAUAUGUGUGUGUGUGUGUGUGUGUGUGUGUGUGAAUGUGUACUGACUCAAGGUUUAUACCCACUGGGGUACCAGUAAUCUUUGGAGUCUUCUAUCAGAAUAGAAAUAGGAAAUAAACACAACAAAAGGGGAAGAAAAAAAAAGAUAAAAGGAAAAAAAAAAUCUUUUUCUUUUAAAAAUCUGUUUUUCAAAUCACUAGUCACAUAAUAAAUGUCCAUUAAAAAGUUAAGCUAAAAGAAUUUGGUGCUUGUACACUACAUUUACAUUGUAAUAAAGUAAUUUCUGAUACAAGACGCUGGUACCAGGGUUUUUAGCCAUGCUAGAUAUCCCAAACAGUCCUUGCAGUGUUGUUAGAGGUGUUUGUUAUCACUGGAGCACUUGUGACAAUAGCUUUAGCUGCCACUGAAUCCCACCUGGCACCCACAGUCACCUCUGAAAUACCACCAUGGCUCUGGAUCUCCUGAAUACAGAGCAUCUGUGACUGGAGCUUACUGGAGGGUCACUCUUGGUAAAUGUUACUGUUUUAAAGGCCACCACUGUGUCACCUGCUCAUUCCCUAUCUCCAGUACUGCCAUUUUUACUGUGAAGACCUGUUUGUGCCACUGACUACUGUGGGUAUGGAUGUCUGAGUCCUACUAGUUCUCCUCUGAUACUCUGAGUUGUGUGUGGUUUUUAGGAUUAAUUUAUGAUUGAGGGUGCCUAAACAACACUAUUAACCCAAGUCUUUUAAAUCACUGUUUCCUCAAAAAAUGUAUUUCCAGUUAAUGAGGUGCCCUGAUGGUAAAAUGGCCAUGAGAAAUAACUCAUGAGUUUUGGCAUGAUAUGGGAAGUAUAAUGCCAGCUCUUUUUAUCAGUACUAAUUUGUGGUCAUUCUGGCCCUUACUUGAACAUAAAUAUUAAAGACACUUUGAAUAAUUUUUUAACAAUUUUAAACCUGCUAAUAAUUCCUUAAUUAUAUAUCUAGAUUUCAGUUCAGCAUCACUUACAGCAUUUCCUUGUGUGUGUGCUUUGUAUUAGGGCUGUGUGUUUGUGCGUGCGUGUGCGUAUUUAUAUCUAUGUAUACACAGAUAAAACUUAUAUAUAUGCCUUUUAUAUAUAAGUUAGACAAAAGUAUGUGUUUACAUAGGUUUAUUUUAAGUAAUCAUGUCUCUGGAUGGUGUUAUGCUCUGUUUGUAACUGAACCAGUCGCUGCCAUGUGUGGAGACCCUUACAGACGCUGCCAGUGACAUGAGUUUUUUUCAGGGAAUGAGUGAUUUCCUACUGUAGCAAUUUUAUCACAGAGGAUGUGUGCACAUGUCAGAGGAGGCUGUUGUGCAGGGUUCUGCCUCUGUAGAAGUCUGGCUCUGAUGCCCCUUGUUCUAGUGCAGGGCUCUGCUCUGCUGCCCUGGGGUGACAUCAAGGCUGCGAGCUCACCCCAAUCAGCCCUGGACUGAGCUCUGCCUUUCAGGCAUGGAUCUGUUCAUUUUGUUUGCUCUCCUUUUGCAGAGGGAAUGUGCCACCAAUACCUUCAACUCAGGAGUGUGUCUGUGCAGUAAAAUAAAACAAGCUGUUCUCUGCUUUUAUGUUUUCAGAGCAAUGGAUGUAUUUACUGUAGUUACAGAAAAUUGACUUAGCUCAUUGACUAUACCAGCUACUAAAUGAUCUUUUCUGUCUUGAAGCAGGCUCUUUGCAGAUGAUGGAGCUAACCUGCGCUGGGAUAAUGAAAUCAAUCUAACCAGCACAUUCCCAACCGCUGGCAUCAUCCUCUUACUGUUUUUCAGAGGAAUGGUAUUAGCUGUCCAGCAGCUUUUUACUGUGUUUUAGUGUCUGAAAUAGUUUCAGUAUCCAGUAGCUGCUGCUACCUAUUCUCUUCUGAAACCAAGGAUUGCUUGCCAAGAGUCUGAUUGGAGUUGCAUUGUCAUGGCAGAAUAGCAAGCUCAGAUGGCUCUUCACAGCUCUGCUUCUGCAUUUUACUGUAACUGUAUUAGGAUUAAAACUGCAUAGUUCAGGCACUUUCCUGAGUGACAGAGAUUUCUGAUCUUUUUUCUGCCCUGACUGUUUUAAGAUGGAGAAGCACUUCAGGCAAUAUUCAGUCUAAAACCUAUUCUGCCUCUGCUCCAGAAAGCAUAAAACAAUUCAAAAUAUUUGUCAGUGGUGUCAGAUGCAGAUGCUCCCUACCAUCAGGGGAGAGGAGGUAACAUCUUGUUUAAAACCCCUUUGAUUGUUUUUCUGAAUCAGUGUGCAUUGCUCACUGCUCUCCUGAACUUGGAUGCCUUGGUAAAAGUUUCUGUCUUUGUCUAAGGCACUCAAGUGUGGGGUCAUAAUUAUGGCCCUUGAUGCCUCUGCACCAAACUGGGGACGUUCUCUAUCCCAGAGGGUGCAGGGGGCUCUGCUGGGGGCCUGCAGUGGGGCUGGGGGUCACUGCUCUCAGCCAAACCUCAGCCAGACUUCCCAGCAAGCCUGAUGGAAACUUGCCUGGGUGGAAACCCAAGGCUCACUCCCAAAUUACUUGGAGUUGCUCAGGAUGCUGCUGCAUUCCACAUGCACCACAUUCAGGCUUUUAGGUUGUUAUUAGAUUUGCAAGUCUGGCUCAGGAUGGAGGUGGGGAUUGCAAAUGUGCUUGCUGAGAUCUCUGAAAAAUAUUUUAUCCUCUGUGCCUAGCAGCAGCGUCCUUCUCUGGAGGAACAGUCCAUUUCAUGCCAGUAACCCUGCUGAACCUGUGGGAAUAUUUUUUUGGAUAUGGGUUAUCACUAAAUCCACCUUUGGAUUUACUCAGGGUCUGAGCUGUCAGGAGAACUGCACUUUAUUAGAAGUUUGAGUCUGAGACCAUAGGGAGAGCUCUGAGCAAUGCUGAUACAAUUAGCAGUAGUGCAGAACAGGCUCAAAACACUUAAUAUUUCUCUUAUUAAUUAGCUAAAGUUCUAAGUCUCUGUAACUUCUGAGUCAGCAACAGUGGGUUUUUUUAUCUAAAUAAGGCGUUACCUUGCACUGCUGCUGAGUAGCUGACAUUGGCUGCUGCCUGGCCUUUGACUUGCAAGCAGAGGAAGGUGCCUUGGGAAUUUGGAAUAUUUGCUUCUCUUCAUGGCCCCAUAAGUCCAUGACCCUGGGGAACAUUUUUUUUACCCAGCAGUGCAGAGGCCCCUAAAAUACCAAUGGCUGUGCUAUGGUUUAUCUAGCAGAUGCUAGGAAGGACACUUUGUAGUGAUGACUCUCUUCAUUUUAAGGAUGGGCUGCUCCUCUGAGAAGGUUUUCUUAUGAGCUCUGGAGCUGUGCUGGCUUUCAUGCUGCUAAUGAGGAAGCUCAGGGUUAGUAGAUGUAGGUGCUGCCUCUCUUCAAUGCAUUAAUUUCCCUUUGAUUUCUUUGCCUUCCUGAUGGCCUCCUGCCCUCAUGGUGUGGAGUCUGUGCAGGAGUUGCAGAGAGGAGAUCCUGUGCUCUCUGGCCAAUUUUAGGGGGAUGGGCUGGCUGACCUUCUUCUUAAUAUGCAUAAAAAUAGUGUUUUUUUGGAAAAUCAUGCAAGCUGGAAGAAAAGAAAGUGUAGACCAUAAAGGAUUUUGCACAUGUGAGCAGAUAGUCUGUUAUAAGCAGACCAUAAUUUCUCUGAAACUUGUAAUUUUAACUUGCACAGCUAUAGAGGCUAAGCUAACAGGCACUACUCUUGGUAGGGAAUCAGGUUCAGCAUCAGGGAGUUAUUCCCAACCAUCUGCUGGAGCUGAAGUGAAUGGGAGCAGGAUGUCUUUAAUCUUGGAGAGGGUUGGAAAAGCUCAGCCUGUGUCAGUGUUUGUACUCGUGACUCCAGGGAGUGCCAGGCUGAUGGACAGGGGUUUCAGAAGGCAUUUCAACAGUGAAAUACUUCAUUGAGUUCAUCAAAUCCAUGUAAAAUUGGAAAUUUUGUGAUGACAGGGAUGCUAAUGCCUGGCUUGUUCUACAGUAAAGUUAACAAGUGACUGCGUAGCCUUACACUGUAAUCUAAACAAGCUGAAUUGAUUGCUGUGCAUAUGUUGGCUGUGAGGAGAAAGAGAAAUGCUAUUUAAUUGUGAGGAUUGCCUGAAAUGUGAAUAGGAGUUUUCACAUGGAUAUGACUGUCCUGUAAUGCUGUGACAGCCGGGUUUUAAAUUUCCAUCUUCUUUUCUUCUGUUGGGUCACUUGCAAAUAUUAAUAAUUAUCUGUUACAAAUGGAUUUUUAUGUUUCAUUAGUGGUUUGGAGUAUUAUUUCAGACUAAGUUUGGAUCACUGCAGUGAUUUGUCAGGACAGGUGCUGUGCUGGUGAGGCAGCCCCCGUUUGUGUUUGGUAUCAGUCUGUGUUUGAUGUUGGUGCUGAAGUUCUCGGGGUUGAUCAAGCCCCUGGUGUGGGGCUGAGGGUGUGUGGGGAGGGCUGGGGGAUGCAUGAGGGUCACAGGAGGGGGGUGCUGCCCCUGCCAAAAGAGACCAGAACUUCAUCACCUUCCCUAGGUCUGGGAUGUGCAUCCCAGCAUCAGGGCUGGGAGCAGGAGGGGAGCAGGUGCUGGGGGAAAAGCCUGGUGGCUGCUGCCUCCCUGCUGGAGGGGCAGCCGCUGGGCACCCCACGCUGUGCCUGGGAGGUGACAGCAUCCACACAGGAGCACCAGCCCAGCCUGCUCCAGCAGUGUCCUUUGAGAUGGCAAAGGGGAAUUGCCCAGAGCAGGUAGCUGCCCCAGGAAAGUCAGAAGAGGAUUCAGUCUUCUUAUGAUUUUUGCAGCUGGUGUUUAAAGACAAACAAAACUAAUAAAUAGAGGAAGAAAUGUAACCAGUCCAAAGUUGUGAUGAGGGAAAACAAAUAUUUGCACAGAUGUGCUGGCUCUUGCCUUUCACUCAGGAUCACAAUGUGUUUGGAGCAAUUGGAACCCACCCUGAGCACAGAGCUGCUCUUGCAGCCUCAACCCCCCCCUCCUGCCACUGCUCAACCCCUCAGCAUCACAGGACCACAGGUGCCUUGAGCUGGGGAUGCAGCAAUGGGGGCAGAGGGUAGGGGAACCUCUAUGGGCAGGAUGCCCAGAAGGUGUGAUGCUGCUGGGCAGUUGGGUUAUUUGCACAGAAGGGAUGUCUUUGAUAGCCCAAUUUAAGCAGGAUAUCAUUUUUUCUUCCUCCAGUAUGAGGCUGUGACUGUUGCUUGAUGUUUGUGACACCAUUUGUGCCACAGGAGCAGCUGUGGCUGGGGCAGUGUAGAGGCAGGGGUUUUCUUAGGUGUGACAGGGAAAGCAGGUGGGACCUGGUGUGUCCAGUAACAGCUUCUCCUUCCCCAUGGUCCCUCUCCCCACUAGCUUCCCACUGCAAUUUCUCCACUUGUUCAACCUGUACAGACUUGUUGGGCUUGAUUUGUAUGGCUACAUGAAGAAAAUACUAAGCACAAAUUUUAUUUUUUUUUUGUAAUGGGAAUCUUUUCCCUUUCGGCUCAGGCCAUUUCUUCAACCUUACUCCAUCUAUUUGUAAAAGUCAAAAGAGUUUUACCCCAUGUUUCCCUUCUGCAAGAGGAUGUGCAGGCUUGUGUGAUGCUGGGAUGGGCAGCCAGAGCCCAGGCACUGGCUGGGCUGGGGCAGGGGACACUCCAUGUACCUCCUCCACACACACUGUGGUCAGGGUUGGGAAGUGCUUUGGGAUCCUGUAGGGGCGGGGGCUGGAGCAGGGCCUGGGAAAUGUCCUUGAGACUUCAGUCAGUGGCAUCAAUGAGGCACAGACUGCGUGCACUGCAUGUGCGGAACCCUUCCCAGUGGGGUAGGUGACUGAAACUGGUGGGCAAUGGUUGCUUAGGGAAAGGAUGCUCAGAGAACUGUUCUGCACGGGGCAGUCAGGGGUUGGUGUGAUGCCCCUGGGCUGUAUCCAGCUCUCCCUGCACGCCCUGGAUGUGCAAUCAAAGCCACAGUGCAAACCCAAGAGUUGGGUUCCCAGCCCUGACCCCUGCCUGCCCUGGGCCUUCUGCUCCCACCCAGCUCCUGGGCUGAACCAGCCCAGCAGAGCCUCAGGACACCCCCAUCUGUGGGUGACCCCUGCUACUGUCCCAGAGGACAGCAGAGCAUUGGCCAGAUACAGAUAUUUGCUCUGCCUACAAUACUUACUGGGUUAAAAUCUUCCCCUAUCCCAAGUUUAAGGUCUUCCACUGUGCAUUUUAGAAACAAGAAACAAGAACUUUAUAAGAUGAAAAAUCAGCUUUUCAUUAUGUGAUGCACCUAAUGGUUGGGGUUUUUUGAACUGUGUGAAGACACAGAAAAAGAAAAGGGUUUUACAUGUUGGAGAGCAUCUUUAGAAUCUAUCCUCAACCUGUAAGACUAUUCAAUUUUACUGGAGUUUGUAUGCAUUUUACUUUUGUAAUUUUUUAAGUGAUUUGAUAGAAUUUUAUUUUGGGGCAAAUUCUACUUUUUGUAUGCGAUAUUCUGAUGUGAUGUAUUUUUAUUUUUAAGAAAAUAAUGUUGAAACUGCUAUCUACUUAUCAAUGUAACACAUCUGCCGUGUCAUUUUGUUCUGAAACUGGAAUCUGACCAUGGAGUGAGUGUUACUUUACCUACUGGUUGUUGCACAUUAAAGAGGUUACUCAGA